UUUGGAAUUAAUAAAUGAAAUUGAAAAAAAAGAAAUUCAUUAGUCACUGAGAAAAUAUAAAAAUUGCUGAGCCAUGGAAAAUCGAUUUUCCACUAUUUCGUGAAAGGUACACAUUUGAAAAAAUAAUUUACAUACACUCGACAUUUGAAGAAUGACGAAAGUUAUAAUAUUCAACGAAACACCUCUCAGGUAAGAAAAUAAAAUACAUUUUUUUCCCUUCAGAAUAGUAAAAUUAUAUCAAUUAGUAAAAUUUGUUUUCUUUUAUUACAGGAACGGAAAAUUAAGUAGGCGGACUUAAUGUACAUGCGCAACGUUCUGUUUCAAACCUGUGCGAUUUAUUUGAAUUACAAAGAAAAACAAAAGCUCGCAAUAUUAAUUCUUAUUUUGGCCCCUGAGUCGAAAGGGGAUUUUUUUUUAAAACAGUGAAGGACUGUUAGCAGUAUAUCAGAUGUACAUUAGUCACGUUCAUAUCGUGGAAUAGGCGAAAGGUCACAAGAAUUUUUAGAACACAUCCUUCGAGAGCUAAUUUUUUCGAGCUUUAGUCAAAAAAUAGCUGAUUGGGACAAUGCUGAAGAAAAUUAAAAUCAAAAUAUGGACAUCGAGUGGGUUGUCAUUUUCACGCCACGAUGACGCUCGCAGUAUUAUUCUUUAAUCUUUAAUAAAAAAAAAAAAAAUAAAAAUAAAAAUGAAGCGAAUCGACGAAUCAUAGGAAUGAACAAAUAGAUAUAAAUAUAUUUUUUAGGAAUAUUUAGAAUAGAGACCAAAAUCAUGUUUGGUGGAUUCGCUUGGACGAUGCGUCAUGUGGAACGUGAUGGAACAAUCAAUCUGGUAUGGCCUACGUUUCUACGUCCGCUUACCAGCGAACCAACUCUCAAAAUAAAUUCAAAAUUCAGAUAUUAAAGGAAAACUGAAGAGAGAGAAAGAGAAAAAAGCAUCAAAAAUAUUUUUUCAAAAAAAAAAAAGAAAUAAAAAAAUUUAACAAAAAACGGAGAAAAUGAGAGAGAGAGAAUUUAGAAUUUAGAAAAUCUAUAUAGUUUUUUAUCAUCGAUGAAACAAAAAGACGUCGUCGACAAAGAAAAAAACAGUUAAUUUUUUUAAAUAACUGUAGCUGUUGUAAAUGAAUAAACGGGAUGCAGGCGGCUCUGUUAAUUAGAAGGGAGAAGCAACGAUUAAAGGGGGGUAAGAGAGUGAACUUUAGAGAACUACCCUCCAACUUGGCCACCAGACUCAUCCCGCCGCUUCCACGAUAUCCCCCGAAAUCUUACGCUUACGGGGUAAGUAUCCUGCCCUCUAAUCUUCAGUCGAAGAGGAACAGUUUUCAGGAAUUCGAUCCACGUCUCCCGUCAAGAACUUUUCAAUGUUGCGGUGGACAAGCGUCGAGUAAGGCAGCAUGGCAAGGAUGCAAUCGAUCUCCUCAUCUAGAAUCCCCAGUCUCUCCACAAGGCUCACGAGAAGGCUACAAAACCAAACAAUGCGAAGCCCAUCGCCGAUGGAUGAAAAGAAACAGGAUACGAGAUGCGAGUUACUGUUAUGGAAGCAGUGGCGAGGACGACGAGGAAGAAGGAGGAUCGGGUGCUCGUCGAACCGGUGAAGUGAGUGCAGCGGCAAACACACUACUUUACGCAGGACUGGGAACAACUGCUCUUGGCCUAGUAAUUUCCUUCGUUGGAACUGGAGAAAAAGGAUUUCUCAGCCCUGAACUAAGACUAAUUGGACCAUCGCUACUUUGCGCUGGUUUACUAUGUUGCUUCCUACGGGUGUUCCUCUGUAUUUGUCUAUGUCCAUGCGGGCAUUGCCGUUGGAAACCCUGUCCCUGUGUCUCCAAGAAAAAUCGCAAGAAACAUAAAGAGGAAGUGUCCUCGCCGGAACCGUCGCUACCAACAGCUUCACUCCUGUCGCCCUUGUCUCAACCGGCAAUGCCUUCAUCCUCCUGUAUAGUUUCACCAGUGACAAGAGGACGCGAACUCCUACUUUCACCUGCCCAAUUACCUGAGUGACGGUCCCGAUUCUAAUCAAAAUAAAGAAAAACUUUUUCUACAAUAAAAAUGAAAUCAAAACACAUAAUUUUACUGCCGGUACCCAGAGUGGAGCGAAUUUUACCGGAUUACGUGAACAUCCACUCGCGAAUUGUUAUAAACUAGUUACAAACAAAACACGAUUUUAGUGCUUUAAUUGAAAAAAAGAGAAUUGAGAAUAAAUAAGCUGAUGUUUUCUAAUUCUUUUU